AUGUUCUUCCAACCGAUACCAGCUAAAGAUAAAAUCACUUUCACGAAUAAAGAAGGUAAAAAGGAAACUGGUAACAAAAUCAGGUUCAGAAAUGGUUUCUGUCACGACGUUUUAACAUCGGUCGAUAUUCAAAAAAUAGUGAAAGCCGGUGGACGAAUUAUUAGAAUAUUAGAUGGUAUAGUUUACGAAGAAAAUUUUAAAACUCCACCCUAUAGAGAUUAUAUUUUAAUUUUGAGAGAUUUAAGAAAUAAAUAUAAACGAGAAGGUAAUAUCGUGGGUAGUAACUGCAUGAAAUUAUUAGGUAAUUCCUUGUAUGGUAAAUCAAUUCAGAAAGAUAUAUUCACAACUAGACAUUUAUGGAAUGAAGCAACUUUACAGGCCAACUUUGAUUCACGCGUUAAAACCUAUGAGAAAAUUAAUGAUACUCAAUAUAUUGUUGAAACAGAAUUUGAAGAAAAAGAGAUUACUACCGAAGACAGUAAAUCUACACGACUAACACCUAGUCAUUUGGGAUCAUUCGUUUUAUCCCACAACUAUUGCAAAGGUAAAAACGAUUACGGUGACGGUGGAAUUAUAUUUGGUUUAUAUUUAGCACCAAAAGUCAAAUACAACAUCGUUUUGACAUCUGAUGGUGUUUUAAAAGAAAAGAAAACGUUUAAAGGUUAUUCUAAUGAUAAGAUAAGUGUAGAAGAUUACGUUCAGUUAGCAAGCGGACAUGAUGUGUCGAACGAAUUUAAUAAACCAUGGGAAAAAAGUUUCAUCAAUGGAGUAGUUAUUCCAAAUGAUAAACAAAAGAAAGUUUUAAGAAGUUAUUUGAAUAAUGUUAACAGAAAACCACCAAACAGUGAAGGAAUUAUGUAUCCUUACAACGACAAAGAUGAGUAUAGUUUUGACGAAAACUAUGAAUUUGAUGAUUUCGAUUAUCUUUCUAAUCAAGAAGAGAAUGAAGAUUGUUUUAAAUGA